GGCCACUGAAGAAGCUCGGCUCAAGAAGGAGUACUCACUUCGGCUCGCCGCGGUCAUACAGGAGGCCAAGCUGCCAGUGUGCAAGGUCUUAGCGGGUGUCAGUGAUGCAGAGGAGGCUUGGGCUCGCUUGUUCGGUACGCGCCGAUCCAAGACACUCCGUAAUCGCUACCGCUCUUGGGAUAAGUUCCGGGAGUGGCUUAUCUUCAGCCGAGGGAGGUUUUACCCGGAGGGGGUUGCAGAUGUUCUUGAUUUCGCAGCCGAGAGGUUUCGCGAGGGCUGUGGCAAGACGGUGCUAGACAGUUUUCAGGCGGCAUUGAGUGUCGUCGAGACGGUAGGUCGUGUGCCGGAGUCUUGCCAGAUAUCGCAGGACCCCACUUGGCAGGCACAGCUCAAGAGUUACACAGCCGACCUGAAGUCGGCCGCACCUCCGGAGCAGCCGGCUAGCAUGUUCACCACUGCCAUACUUGUGUCGCUUGAGAUCUUCAUUUGCACUCGGGGCCUGCCAGCUUACCUCAGGGCAUUGGGGUUCGUCUGCUUGCUUAUGGUGUGGGGUUCUCUCCGUGCGGACGAUGUUCAGGGGCUGCUGCCUCAGACCAUGACAUUGGAUGAGCGCGGGCUCUCCAUCGAGCUCGCCAGGUCAAAGACGACGGGCCCCGACAAGAGGACGCAUACGGUCAAGGUCUUCGUAGAAAGGCAUGUUUCUCUUACAGGGCAUGAUUGGCUUAAAUGCGGUUUUGAUCUUUGGAGAAACUACGACUUCCAAAGGGACUAUUUGGUCAUGAAGGCCAGCGAGGAUUUCACUGAACCGGUUGAGAGGCAAGUCACUUCUGCUACCGUUGCUCUUUACGUCCGCAAAGUCUUGAGUGAGCUCAAGACCCCGAAACGAGAAGGAGGCGCGUGGAAGACCAAUGAUCAGCGCCCUUUGUUGCCAGGCUUCCUCGCAAGCCACUUCACAGGACAUUCAGCAAGGAAUUAUCUCAGUUCUGUGGGGGCGGCAAUAGGAGAGGACCCCCGGGAACUAGAUUAUUUGGGCCGUUGGAAGGUCGGGGGGGAAGGUUCUGCGACCUACGUUCGUACAUCAAGGCAGGUUGUUCAUCGCUUGCAAUUGCAUAUCGCUCGAGCACUUGUGAUGGGGCAGCCAAAGCACUAUGUUGAGCUAGAUGCCAUCAAAGCCCUGACAGAUUAUGCGGCCCGUGCAGGCGAGAGUGAGUCUCAGAUCCGCCGCAGGCACAGUAUCCUUGAGGGAUCAAAGGGGAUAGGAGGGCCGUGGCCCACAUUGGAGUUCCCAGAAGCUCCAGCGGCACCACCGUCGCCGGGAGCUCAGGAGGUUGCCGCGGCCCGGCGCGGACAGUACUUCGUGGUCACUUCGCGCACCACGGGAUUGAAGCGUCUUCACAUGGUCGGCUGCUAUGUGAAGCCCGAGAAUUGCUAUAAUGUGAAUUUUGUAGACUAUGUCAACGCAGAGGACGUAGACUCCAUUUGCAAGGAUUGCAAGGCUAGGAUGAAGGCUCAGGCCGGUCAAGAGGAUUCAGAUCCCUCCAGCAGCGAGUCAGACAGCGCCUCAGGGCAUUUGCGCGGAGUAGACAUUGUCCUUCAUACGGCUGUGAGCCUCAGGGCGGCUAUCGAGCUCAGGAAACGCGCGUGUGGUAGUGGUGCAAAACUGGCACCUGGAGCCAUGGCAGCGGUUACUGAUGCUGCAAAGCGUGAGCUUGUGACGAGUGCAGACAGCGACCUACAGUUUGUGUUGGGUGAAGCGGCCCUUUCCUUGGAUGCUCAGUACAGGGUCGUGCAAAGGCAUACCACUUUGCGAAGGUUCCAAGCAAUAGCGGAUACGAGAGCAGAAGCCCGCGCGGCGGGCAAAGCAGACUUCGGGUUAGCAGAUGACACGCCGGAAGGCCGCCAACAGAUCGCGGGGAUAGUGGCCGCAUGGGAGCUCGCACGGGAUGUCAUCAGCAAAGAAACCGAGACGCGGGCUGAGGCGAAAGUGCUUGGGCAACCGCGCAUCCUUCAGGUGACCGAGAGGCAAGCAAUGCUCAAGGCAGUGGUUGCAGUUUAUGGGCAGUUGGGUGAAUCCGAGACCCCUUCACCAGAGUACUUGGCAAUCAAGUGUGAGGAAUGCGAAUCUAACGAGCCUCAUGCAUCGACUUUGGAUGCCAUUACUUCGAAGAAGAGCACACUUACCACCAGCAUUCAAUCCACAUUGGAUGCGUCCGGUCGCAUUCACAUCACCCAGCAGAAGGCGAAGAGCGAGCUGCCCACAACAACCGAAGCCUAUCGCAAGGUUCUCAGGGUUGAGGCUUUUACAUGGCUUUGUAUGGCAUCCCGCUUCAAAUCCAAGCAGUGGCUUCAGGACUAUGAGGGUCCGCCAAGGCUUGUCAACGAGGAGGGCUACACGCUCUCAGCUGCCCUUGCUUAUGUGAUUACCUCAGCUGAGCUCAAAGAAACAUACUUCACUACCCCGCUGGCUCUUUCGGUCAUUGAGCGUCCGCGUAAGUGGCAAAAGGGAAAGGGCAAGGAUUGGAAAGGCGGGGGAAAGGAUGGAAAGGGAGGCAAGGGUGGAAAGGAUGGAAAGGGCGGGAAAGGCGGCAAAGGUGCCGCUGAUCACUCAGCUCGUGAACACAAGCAGAAGGUUGGCAAGGCCAAGGAGUUUGCAUGUGCUUUACAUCUUCGCUGGCCCCCAUCGCAAAGGUCUUCGGAACAUGAUCUGAGCAAAGAGGGGCUGUGGCAACAUGUAUUUCAACUUCUUGGUGAAGGGGAGUGGAUCCUCAUCGCCUCACCUCCUUGUGUCGAGCAGGCAAACUAUUUCAUUGACCAGACCGUCACGGCUUGUCAACUUGCAUGGCAAUAUUUUCUUGAGCAUCCAGAGGUGGCGACUAAGGCCGUCACUUUUGCUGUGUUCCAAUGCGCUUUCGAAGUGCUGGCCGGCCGACAAGGCCGUGUGUGGGCCACAGGGGGGUUCGAGUCGGCAUCGCACAGCUCCGAGGCGAAAGGCGGUUGGUUCUUCCGGGCAGUCCGAGGCGGCAUCAUCGGCCCACGCGCGGCAGGAGGUGAACCGAUGGCGGUUUCAGAUCCGCCAGCCGCUCCUCCCCCACGAGACGCCGCCGCGAGCCUCGAUGAGCUCCAACUUCGCACCGAGACUGCUUGCCGCAAGAAUCCACUGGCUACUGAAGCCAUCGCUUCCUUUGUGCGAAAGCACAUGCCGGGCCAUCCAUUCACCACGGUCAGCUUGUAUUUUAACACCGGUACGGAGCCCCACCGGGACAGCCGGAACGCGCACAUUCCUAAUGGCAUCAUCGCCCUUUCAGAUUUCAAAGGGGGUGAAGUCUGGGUUGAGUGCGAGGGCGGACCUUCGGUUCAAGUGAUUGACGGCAAACGAAUGGCAGGCCAGAUCAUGCCGAUCACGGCGGAGCCAACAUACAUCCACGCUUAUCGCGAUCUUCACUUCACUCUUCCUUGGCGGGGCAAAAGACUUGUGAUCAUCGCCUUCAGCGUGCCAGAGCAUGAACAAGCGGUGCCAGAAGAUCUGGCCAUCCUUAGGGAGUUAGGCUUUCUCUUACCGGGUGAUCCCCCCUCCAACACCGUAGACGGGGCUGAGGCUGCCUCAGAGGCAGAAGCCAGUAGCAGUAGCGGGGAGGAUGCCAUAGGAAGGGUCAUUCCCGAUGCUCGUCGCACGGCCAUGGAGCUGGCGUUGGGAAGGCUACGAGAAUCACCUUUCACACCGGAAUUGCUUGAGGGCCUUAGGGUUGAGUGGUUUGGUUGUUUAGAAACGGCACUGGGCCGCAGCGGCUCCAACCUUCGGGAAGUUCCAGACAACCAGCCUUUCUUUCUUCAUGCCCUCUCAUGCACGGCCCAGCUCCUUGAGGACCCCGAUUGGGAGGCCAUCGCAUGCCAGGAUGAUUCCUAUGUCACCGGUGUGGCUAUCGGCUUUGACGAACCGGCUCCCCAUCUGCCCCAGGUUUAUGACCUUAAAUGUAAGUCCCGUAAGCUAGAUGAGUCGGAUGUCGAUUGGCAUCGUGAGAACUACUCCUCCGCGAAGGAGACGGCAGACCAACUUGAAAAGAAGUUCAAGGAGGAGGAAGCCUUGGGGCGGAUGGCUCCAUCUACGCUUCCUGUGCUUGAGCAGAAGUAUGGGAAAGACAGGGUUAACAAUAACAUAAAAUUGCUUAACCAGCAGGUGAACCCCGGACCUAGAGAAGUGGUCCACUUGGUACGCAGUGCCAAGCAGAGUCAGGAAGCUACCUUUUGCAUCACAGGAGACGUGACUGCAGCUCACCGCCUUUUCUUGGUGCGGGAAAUGGAUUGGCCAUUGCUCUGCUGCAAGGUGGACAACAGUUCACCUGUAGUUUGGUACAAUCGAGUGGGGACCUUCGGGAUCAGCUCCUCGGCUUUCUUGUGGUCACGCCUCUUCGGGAUCAUAGGUAGAUGUGCAGCCCGAUUUCUCUUGACGCUUUGGUUUUACCACUUAGUCUUUGUGGAUGAC